CGAAGAAGAAGAACUUUCAUUGACAGAGGAAAGAAGUUAGCUGUUCUUUGCGAGAAUUCUACGCCAAGUUCGCAGGCAAAGUUCUUGAUUGAAUUACAGUGGUUUGAUUGUUGAUAGACUAGAAAAAAAGGGAGGCGAAGUGAUGGGAUCGGUGACGGCAUUGGCGCCGGGGCUAUCUAGGAAGCUCAAGAAGGUCCUGGAAACCCGAACCGACAGUCCGGAAUUACUCUCGUCGCUCAGUACGCUCUCGGAUUUCUACGCGGAGAACACUCCUCAUUCCCGGCGUAAUCUCCGAUCCACAAUUGAGAAGCGCGGUCUCUCCAUUAACCAAGAGUUCCUCCUCUCCUCCCUUGCAGCUCAACAAGCAUUGGAUCGGGUGGAAGAGGAAGUUAAUUUACUGGCUGAAUGUUGUGACAAAAUCGCCAGUGCUUUAAGCAGCUGUAAUGCUACCACAGGUGAUAUUAUCAGCACCACUGAAAGGCUCAAACAAGAUCUGGAAGUUACUACACAGAGACAGGAAAUUGUGUCAUGCUUUCUUCGUGACUAUCAGCUAUCUAAUGAAGAGGUUUCUCGCGUAGCCUAUCCUUGAAUUCCGAGCUUUAUGGGCUAAAUUACAUUCUAAAAUUAAUUUUUAUUUAAAUUUGUUGGCUCUCCUUCGUAGAUAAAUGCUCUAAGAGAGGAAGAUUUGAAUGAGAAUUUUUUCAAGGCACUUGCUCAUGUUCAGGAGAUUCAUUCAAACUGCAAAGUUCUUUUAAGAACCCACCACCAGGUAAGUUCCAUCUAAUUCCUCCCCUAAACCAGAGGGACAUUCAUAUUUUUUAAAUUUAUUCUUUUGGGACAUUUGCAUUGUAUGUAACGUGGGAAGUGGAUAAUAUCUAAUCUAUACUAUCCGCUGGGCAUAUCUGUAUGCUGUAUUAAAACUUAAGAUUUUUGUUUCUACUAAAACAUCUACCAAUCAUACUUUUUACCGCAGAUAUUGCGCUGCCUUCUUGAAUUACUAAUCAAAGUUGCCAUCUUAGUUUGGAUAGGCAUUAUUAACAAUUCUAUGACUUCUGACUUCUUAACUAGUUUGAAUAUUGAUAACAAUUUUAUGACCUAUGACUUCUUAACUAUUUUGCAAACUUACACUGGUGGUUGAUUUUAUGGUGACUUCUUUCUUGCUAUUUGUUUGACAAGAUAAGUCACUGGCCCCUUUCCUUCUUACACUUCUUCUCUUGAAGGCUGAAUCUUGACUUCCUCGUACAUUUUAUCCGAAUUGAGAACUUCACGUCUACCUAGUUGGUUUUCUAAUUCUUGUCUGUUAGAGGACUCCAAAAUUAGUUAAGUAUAUAAAUUUUGGUAGCUGAAUUUGACUUGAGGACCCCUUACAGCGAGCUGGCCUGGAGCUUAUGGACAUGAUGGCUGUUUAUCAAGAAGGGGCCUAUGAACGCCUGUGUAGGUGGGUCCAAUCAGAAUGCCGGAGACUGGGAGACAUUGACAAUCCUGAAGUUAAUGAACUGUUGAAGACAGCAGUUCGCUGCCUUAAAGAAAGACCUGUUCUUUUCAAGUAUUGUGCAGAGGAGGUCGCCAAUAUGAGACAUAAUGCAUUGUUCAGAAGAUUUAUUAGUGCCCUAACACGUGGAGGACCUGGUGGACUACCCCGGCCAAUUGAAGUGCAUGCCCAUGAUCCUUUAAGAUACGUAGGAGAUAUGUUAGGAUGGUUACACCAGGCUUUGGCAUCUGAAAGAGAACUUGUCCUCGCUCUCCUUGAUCCAGAUGCGACGCCAGAUACAGGAACCACUGCUCCCCGAUCAUCAAAUGUUUCUGAGAAUGGUACUUCAAAGUCUGAUACAGACUUGACCUUCGUGCUAGAUCGGAUUUUUGAAGGAGUAUGCCGGCCAUUCAAAGUUCGGGUUGAACAGGUUUUACAGUCUCAACCAAACCUCAUAGUUUCCUACAAACUCAGCAACACCCUGGAGUUUUACAGUUAUACAAUAUCAGAUUUGCUAGGAAGCGAAACAGCCCUCUGUAAUACAAUUUGGGUGCUCAAAGAAGCAGCUCAGAGAACAUUUUUUGACAUGCUAAAAACCCGGGGGGAGAAGCUUUUAAGAUAUCCACUUCCUGUUUCUGUUGAUCUUUCUCCACCAACCGCACUUCGGGAAGGUGUCUCACUGCUGUGUGAAAUUAUUGAAACACACAACAGCAUGAUGUUUUCUGCAUCUGGAAAGAGAGCAGACUUCCAUCCAGUCAUCUCUGCUUUGCUAGAUCCUAUUAUCCAGAUGUGCGAACAAGCUGCUGAGGCACACAAGUCCAAAGGAGCAAUGCAGUCAUUAAGGAGAAAUAGGACAACUUCUGAUCCAAACCAACUGCGGAAAUCAUCUGUAGAUGCUAUUUUGGACAGUAAUCGUUCCAUGUCACUGGCCCAGAAUACUGAAACACCUUCAAAGAUUUUUCUCAUCAACUGCUUAUGUGCAAUACAACAACCAUUGUUGGGGCACGAGGUUGCAACUGAUUAUGUGAAGAAGAUUGGUUCGAUGAUCGAAACUCACUUGCAUGCUCUUGUGGAAAAAGAGGUCGAUGCAAUUUUGAAAAAGUGCGGGUUGUCGAACAAGAUGGGUUACUUCCGCAACUCAAUGAAUGCUGGGCAACCGUUAGCAGAGCUGGAGGAGACUAGUCCAGCUUCUCUUUCCGAAGGUUUGAAGGCAUUCUUCGGGCUUAUUUUGGGAAGUGAUAGCUCCUUACCCGAAUUUGAGCAGAUGCAAGUACCGAGGCUGAGAUCGGAAGCUUGUGUUCAAUUGGCGAGAACACUGGCAGAAGCUUAUGAGCUAAUCUACCAGGCAGUUAUAGAUCCGAAGAAUCAGUACCCUGAUCCCAAAUCGCUGGUUAGGCAUCCUCCAGGCCAGAUAAGAACCAUAUUGGGAAUUUAACGACGGCAGAGAGACCUCAAUUUUGCUAUCAAUGGAGUAGCUGUUGGUUCAACGAUGAGUAGAAUAUGGCAUAUUGCCUUAAGCUUUUUUACUCUCUAACUUCUAAACAGAAAACUGCUGAAUAGAUUUAAGCUUUUGUCAAGAAGAAAAUGAAUAUUAUUGUUUUCCAUUUUGUAGAGAGACGAACAGAACUUACUCCCUCUGUCCAGUUUUUCUAGGCUAGUUUGUUGUAUUGCUUUGCAUUAGUUCAACAAAUGGGCUGCAAAAAUAGGAUGGAUGGAGUAUUGAGGUCAUUGUUGGUUGCUUGUUUAUAUUCGUAAUCAUGUAAAUCUAUCCAUUAUGAACUUGGGAAUGAAGGAAACCAAAAGGCAAAGAAAUUCAAGAUACAAUCUUUGCAUGUUGAUUUCGAUGUAAUUAUCGAACCAGGGUUUCUAAUUAAAGAUAAAAAUCGAUCACAUGAAACUAGAAGUCACGAAUUCUGAUAAUGAAGAAAAGCUAACAGCAAAGUUCCUUUUAGAAUUUUCACCAAUAGCUUUGAAUGCUGAACUUGGAAUGUUCCCUCUCUUCUCUCCCCUUCAAAUUUUCCAGGGGCAGCUGUACCGCAAACCGGCGAGGAAAAUGAAGCGACAACAGGCCUAUUUUUUUUCCGGCGAGUACAAUGAGAAGUAAAGGGAAGUCUGGACUAUAAUCAGGUCUUCAGGUUGGUGACGACUCCAUUCACGGAUGUAUCUUCGAUUAACUUUAUUGUGUUUCUGGGCUUAGAAGUGAAAGGGUUCCUCGUAUAUAUAUUCUCUC